AUGCAUCGACAGUCGACAGCGGACAGUGCAGCAUGUCUACACGAAGGACAGGAAAGCGCAGAGCCAACGUUAGAACGGUCACCGCAGGUUGUUGUCGUAUUACAAGCUGCAGAGCUGAAGAUGACUGGAGGCGAUGACAGGUUACAAACACGCAGGCGUGGCCGCAGGACAGGAUGGACUAUGAAACCAGCAUAUUCAGCAAAGCAGACCGAGUCAGUACAUGGACAGUGCAGCCUCGUCACCAAUUGUGUUGAUCAGGGCAAGUCGGACAGCCAUGGGUUUCUGAGAGAACCGCACAGCGCUCAGUACAGCGGCGCAAAUCGAUGCAGGGAUGAUUUCGACAGAAGACAAGGGUCCGCUGAAUGUUGUCAACACAUAGACGGAGUACGCCCAGCACAUUACAUCGACUUUGACCUCCUUCCAGUAUUCAUCUUACCGCAGCGCACGUCCCGAUCUCUCCAACCCAGUCUCUCUCCAUCAAUUUUGCCUCCCGAAUGCAGAAUCACUGACCGCACACGCAUUCCAUCGCGCACUUUUUCUCUCCCACAGGCCAUCUACAACUCGUCCGAGGUGACUCAGGUCAACAUCGCCUCGUCAACCGGAGACAUGGGUAUCCUCGCAUCGCACGUCCCUGCCGUCGAGGAGCUCCGACCCGGAGUGUUGGAAGUCGUCGAGUCCUCCGGCAGCAAGAAGUGGUUCGUCUCCGGCGGUUUCGCUACCGUGCACCCGAACAACAAGCUCGUCGUCAACGCCAUCGAGGCUUACCCGCUCGAGCAGUUCUCGGCUGAGGCUGUGCGAUCGGCGCUGAGCGAGGCCCAGCGCGUCGCAAGCAGCGGCUCGAGCGCAGAGGCCAAGGCCGAGGCAGAGAUCGAAAUUGAGGUCUACACCGCUUUGCAGGCCGCGCUUGGCCGAUCCUAA